UCGUUAGAAUUGUGUUUUUUUUUAUCGAUGUGUACUUGGUUAGGCCAUUGCUAUUAAACCGAUUACAGGAAUAAACACACAGCAGAGUAUAACAAAAACGCUGUCAGGAUUAAAAAGCUCCACAACAACCGGCUCCUCGUAUCUCUGACGUGUGUGGUCUCCUGUCACAAGUGCGGAGUGAAACCUCAGCUAUUUGCCCGGGACUCCUUCCCCUCACCGUGUGCUCGUCUGCGGCCGUUUUCAAACAUGGAGGAGAGGGAAAGAAAAAGUGCCAAGUCGGACACUAAAGCAAGCGUUUCAACCACGCCGCCACUGCCGGAGCGCGACGCGGGGGACGAUGACGCGAAAAGGACCGACGUGUGCUCGGACCGCUUCGACCCGCUCGCGGCCCUGUACUCGCCCGCCGUGCCGCUUCCCUUCCCCAACAUCAAGGGCUUCAACAACGUCGCGGCGUACGAGAGCUUCAUGAAGGGCGGCCGGGGCCGAGCCAAGCCGGAGAACGUGGAGAAAAGACGGCGCAAGGCCAUGAAAGGGGUCGCGGACCCGGAGCGCAUCGCGAGGCUGAAGAAGCUCAUCGUCAACAACCCGGUGACGGAGGCCGGGGAGAGCAGCGGCGGCGGCGGCGGCGGCGCGCGCAGCCGGAGGAGGACGAAGCCCCAGAAAAACGUCCUGACGAGGAUGCCCCUGUGCAAAGGCAGCCCGAUGGGGGAGCUUUACAGAUGCGUCGAGGAGAGGAUAAGGGUCAAAGUUCACAUCAGGACCUUCAAGGGACUGCGGGGAGUGUGCUCCGGCUUCGUCGUGGCCUUCGACAAGUUCUGGAACAUGGCGAUGGUUGACGUGGACGAGACGUACAGGGAGCCUCUGCUCGGGGAGGCCUUCCACCACGAAAAGGCCCUCACCAUUUCACGGCUCUUUGAGAAGCUGAAGCUCCAGGAGAACCCGGGAGGCGGCGAGCCGGAGGAACCGGCCAGAGGGCGUCGCCCGCUUCCCGCGAAAGAGCAGCAGCAGCCGCCGCAGAGGGGGGGCGCGGGGACGCAGCCCGAGGAGCCCGACGCCGCUGGAACCAAGCGGGGUCAAGGCCAAGCGGCGCCGAAGGCCCCGACGAGGGGCUCCCCGAAGUACGGAAAGGUCCACACGCGCCACAUCAACCAGCUUUUCAUCCGGGGGGAGAACGUCCUCCUGGUAAACCCACAGCCGCUCUGACGGGUGUCUUCAGCCCCUCCUUCGGCGCCGGGUAAAAAGAGGCCCGGCGAUUGGAUUUGGUCCGAUUCGGGAGAACGAAUGUUAUAUCAUGUUGAUAUGGAGGUUUUUCUCUCUGCGUCAUCAGAGAAUGAUCAGGAUUUUGAGGAAUAAAAGCUUCUCAGGAUUAAUAGCAUUUGUUUCUUCUUCUUCUUCUUUUUGUGCAAAUGCCACUAAAGAAAAUCUAU